AUGGCGCCUACCGAGGUCUCCAAGUAUCUCAAGCAAUCUCACGAACGCAUCUUCGAGAACAACAAGAAAUGGGCAGCGGAAAAGGCCGCGAAGGACCCGCAUUUCUUCGAGAAGCUCCAGACUGGCCAGAAUCCAGACUACCUAUGGAUUGGCUGCAGCGACAGCCGCAUCCCUGCCGAGCAAAUCACAGGCUUGGGCCCCGGUGAAGCUUUCAUCCACCGCAACAUUGCCAAUUUGGUCUGCAAUACGGAUCUGAACGUGAUGAGCGUGAUCAACUAUGCGGUGCGGCAUCUGCACGUCAAACAUAUCAUUGUCUGCGGCCAUUACGGAUGCGGCGGUGUCAAAGCCGCUUUGACGCCGGCAGAUUUGGGUCUGCUAAACCCCUGGCUGCGAAAUAUCCGCGACGUCUACAGGCUCCACGAGGCAGAGCUAGAUGCAAUUGAAGACAGCAAGCGCUGUGAUAGACUUGUAGAGCUGAAUGUAAUUGAGCAGUGUCGGAACAUCAUUAAAACGGCAGCCGUGCAGAAGAGCUUUUCGGAAAAUGCGUAUCCCGUUGUGCAUGGCUGGGUGUUUGAUUUUAAAGAUGGCCUGUUGACGGAUCUGAAAAUUGAUUUUGAGGAGGUAUUGGCGGGAAUCCAGAAGAUUUAUAACUUGACGGAUGGGAAAUGAGGUGAAAAGGGUUUAGACAUUUAGGUGGAUAGCAACAUUGUAUACGGUUUGCAUAAAUGAUUAGCCACCGUUGCGCUUCA